AUGCUACAUAUGUAAAUUAACAUAAACCUCACUAGAAGAAAGAUCACGCACGAUUCCAAUGGCGUCGAUUCUGGGUGAUUUGCCUUCCUUCGAUCCUCACAAUUUCAGUCAACAUCGUCCCUCCGAUCCUUCUAAUCCCUCUAGGAUGGUUCCUACCACCUAUCGUCCUACUCACAACCGUACACUUCCACCACCAGAUCAAGUGAUAACUACUGAAGUCAAAAACAUACUUAUACGCAGCUUCUAUCAACGAGCUGAAGAAAAGUUAAGACCAAAGAGACCGGCUACAGAUCAUCUGGCAGCCGAGCACGUGAACAAGCAUUUCCGCGCCGCGUCUUCUUCAUCAUCUACUCAGGGCUUAUAAAAAACUUACCCUGGUGAGCCUAUGAAAAUGGUCAUUUGUAUGAGUUCUUAUUAGCAUUUUCAAUGUAGAGAAGAAAAGAAAGAUAAGAGCAGUUC